AAGGUGGUAUCAUCGCCGAUUAAGUUGAUGCCGCCAAAAAUGUUUCUGAAUUAGAGAUAAUUUAGUGAGGUGGCAGCAUCUCCAUUCAAUUUAUUGCCGGCAUAUAAUUUUGUUUUUGUUUGAAAAAGAUGGAAUUCAGACCUAAGCAGUGCUAUUUGUGUAAAAAAAAUUAUUCGGGAAAAGGUUUUAAAGUUACGAAUGAACAAUACAUUACAUUUAUAAAAAAAAGAUUCAAAGAAUUUCGUCAAGCCUGCCUAAUAUGCGAGAUAUGCUACAAAACUGUAAAACAGGCUUUUCGCAUUAAAUUGAACAAUGCUAUAGAAAUGAAAAAAAAAAGUGAAUAUGGUGUUUCAUCUGUAACGGAGGACUCAGAGGCGACGAAUGCAUCAAAACAAAGUACAGAAAUAAAUACUGAAGUCUUAGGUAUAAGUAAUGUAUCGGCGUCAUCUGACGACAGACCAAUGACUAGUGCUGCAGCAGCUGCACGAAUUCUUAAAAAGCAAAUGCGUCCCAUAGAGGAAGAAGCUAAUGACAACUUAAGUUUAAAUGCGGUUAAUGGAACGCGAAGACCUGACUACCAACCAAUACCUAGAAGAAGAGAAGUCCAACAUCGAGACCCACGAGUAAUGGACAUGUAUUUAGCUGAUAUAACAGGUGGAUGAUAUAAUAUUCGAAUAUAUUAUAAAUAUCGUAAUACAUUGGAACGCUCAUUUAAAUAUCAUUGUUGUAAUACACAUAAUUUAUUGUUUUUUUAUUAAAUCU